AUGGCUACCGCGCCAAAUAUGGCUGUCCUCGCCGCCGCCGCCGCGGCUCCUGCUGUCGUCCGGCGCGUGUUCGACCCUUCCGGCGCCAAGCGGCUCGAAAUCUCACUCUCGCUCGCCUCGCGACCCACGCGAACGCUCUCUCGCCCGGGCUUGUGGGCCGAGGCGGGGUCUUUGCAACCAGCUCGAUCUGACGAGGCCGUCCGCCGCGGCCUGGCUCGCAUCGCCGGCGUGAAGGGUGGCGGCGACGGAGCGCUCGCGGCGGCGGUGGCUCUGCUUCGGCAGGAGGACGGCUCGGAUAUCUGCCUCGACGCUCCUGCGGAGGAGGCGUGGUCGUCGGCGGGUCGGUUGCGGGUUGGCGGCGAGACGGUCGAGGUGCUGUACGACCCUCCCGAGGUCGUCGAGCUGGCCUCGCCCGCUUUCCCUCUGGUCGGCGUGCCUCUCGCGCCGCUCUGCCGCACCCGCCGCUGCGAGGCGGGCGAGGCUGGGCCCGCCUCGCAGUGGCGGCCGGUCGGCUCCGGCCCUUCCUUCGCCCCGCCGGCAGGGCUGGCUGGCCACAACUUGCGCGUCGUCGCUACCCCGCCGCCGCUGCCCGGCCGCUCGCCGCUCGAGACGAGCCGAGAGCUGGGCAGCCGAGCCGGAAGCUGCUGGUACCGCCGCUCGUGGGACGAGCCCGGCUCGGUCCACUCCUACUGCGACCCCUCCCUCACCGCUGGCGGACUGCGGCUGCCUCGCAUCCUGAGCGAGGUGCUCGCCGCCUCGCCGGACGUGGCGGCGCUGCAGGAGGUGGACGUGUCGUGGGCGCGCCGCUUUUGGGAGCCGACGCUGGCGGCGGCGGGCUACGCGAUGGCUUUCGCGCCAAAGGCGAGCUCUACAGAGGGGAUAACACACACCGAGUGGCCACCACACCAGGGAAAGCUCAAAGGAGAGCUCUGCACACGCUGCGAGGACGCGGCAUGGCCGUUUCGGGGUAGGCGCACCAGCGCCUUCGAGCUCGUCCGUGCCCGCGUCUGCCGGCUGGACUUGCGCGAGCCUCCUCCGCCCCUCGCCGAGUACCUCUCGCGCAGAGAGGGCACGGCCGCGGCGGUGCACGUGAGGCUAAUGCAGUCGGCCGCGCUGGUGGCGGAGGUGGAGGCGGAGGUGGAGGCGGAGGCGGAGGCGGAGGCGGAGGCGGAGGCGGAGGCGGAGGCGGAGGCGGAGGCGGAGGCGGGAGGAGAGGUCGGCGUGGUCGUCAUGGGAGACCUCAACUCGGACGCCUCGGACGGCGUGCUCGACUUGCUGCUGCGGGGCCGUGUCGCCGCCUCGCACCGUGACUGGCGGGCAGGCGCCAGCCCGCGGCUGCCUCUCGCGGACGCGGAUGCGGCGAAGGCGAUGGCGCGGCUGGAGGAGCUGAGGGCGAGGCUGCGGGAGCACGGCGUCAGCCCUCCCUCCCCCGGCGUGGCUGGCGAGCCGACCCCUGACCCACUCCCUCCGUGCGGUGCCGCGCUGUGCCACUCCCUCGACCUCGCCUCUGCGUACGGUCCGCAUUGCGUGCCGACUCAUUGCGUCGCCGGCUACGCCAACGCGCUCGACUGGAUUUGCUUCAGCCGCGAGACGCUUCGCGUGGUUGGUGUGGCGCCGCUGCCGCCGAUUGACGAGCUACGGCGCCACGUUGCGAUCCCAAGCGCGGAGUUCCCGUCCGACCACGUCUCUUUGGUCGCAGACCUCGAGUUCUACUUGAGUCGACAUGAAACUGAUGCGGAUCGCGGUGUGUAG